AUGUCUGCUGCAAAACCUGGUUGUUUUCUGCAGGUUCCAUUGAUACAAUAUUGUCAGCAGCUGGCAUCAACUCUAUCCAGUCAUGAUACAUGCUUCACCCAGGCCUCAGAUUCAAUGUUUUUCAUGCACGAGGGGUUACAACAAGCUCGUGCUCCUAUCUACGAUGUUCCAUUUGCUACUGAAGUUCUGCUAACAGGAACAUACCAGCGAUUACCAAAAUGUAUAGAAGAUGUAGGUAUUCAAAGCACAUUGACCGAAGAUCAGCAGAAGCCAGCUUUAAAAAAGUUAGACACCCUCGUGAGGUCUAAAUUACUUGAAAUUUCAAUCCCCAAAGAAAUUUCGGAAGUCAAAGUUUCUGAUGGUACUGCAUUGCUUCGUGUGGAUGGGGAAUUUAAGGUUCUAGUAACCCUUGGUUAUCGAGGACACCUUUCAAUGUGGAGGAUCUUACAUAUGGAGCUGCUUGUUGGUGAGAGAAGUGGGUCUGUCAAGCUGGAAGAAUUGCGACGGCAUGCUCUUGGAGAUGAUUUGGAGCGCAGAAUGGCUGCUGCAGAAAAUCCAUUUUCAACAUUAUACACUGUUCUCCAUGAGCUUUGUAUUGCACUUGUCAUGGACACCGUCAUAAGACAAGUGCAGGCCCUUAGGCAAGGCAGAUGGAAAGAUGCAAUUCGGUUUGAGCUUAUAUCUGAUGGUAGUGUUGGACAAGGAGGGAUUGCGGGUUCUAUGCAGAUCACUCAAGAUGGUGAAAUUGAUUCAGCAGGUUUACGAACUCCUGGAUUAAAGAUUUUAUACUGGUUAGAUUUUGAUAAAAUCUCUGGAACAGCUGAUGCAGGAUCAUGCCCAUUCAUAAAAAUUGAACCUGGGCAAGAUUUGAAGAUAAAGUGCCUUCAUAGCACAUUUGUCAUUGAUCCUCUAAUGGGAAAGGAGGCAGAAUUUUCUCUCGAACAGAGUUGCAUUGAUGUUGAGAAGUUGCUGCUCAGAGCUAUAUGUUGCAAUAGGUAUACUCGUCUGCUUGAAAUAUUCAAAGAACUGCUGAAAAAUAGUCAGAUUUGUCGAGCUGUAGGUGAUGUUCUUCUUCAAAGCCUCCCGGAUGAACCUGGUGCUGACUAUGAAAAGAAGGAUAGCAAAUCCAAUGCUAGGGAAUAUGAAGGGCAGGAAGUACUACGCGUGCGUGCCUAUGGCUCAGCAUUUUUCACCCUUGGAAUAAAUAUAAGAUGA